GCUGCCGUCCGCUCGGCUGUUCGGCUGCUCGGCUCUCGUCCGCCCGCCUCUUCGGCCCUCGUUUGCUUUUGGGUGGAGCGUUGCCCAGCACCCAAGAUGGAUUUUUUGGUCCUUUUCCUGAUUUAUCUGGUGUUGAUUCUGAGUAGCGUUAUCUUGGUCUGUACACGUUCAGAAAGGAUCCAUAACUUGGCAGACGCAGUCCUAACAGCUGGAUCUCAGGUAUUUUCAUGUGUAAUUCCAGGAUGGCUUCAGAGAGCAGCACAUAGGGUGCUUCAUCACCUCCUCCAUACACGGAACUACGCUUUCUUCACCCUGCAUCUAGCUUUGCAAGUGGCCGUUUACUGCGAGUACACCUGGGAAAUAUUUGGCUAUUGCAGAGAGUUGGAGUUCUCGUUGAAUUAUCUUCUCCUCCCAUAUCUGUUGUUCAUCGUGAACCUGAUUUUUUUCAUCCUGAGUUGCAUUACCAACCCUGGUACAAUCACAAAAUCAAAUCAGGCAGUGUUUCUUGGUGCAUAUGAAUAUGACGAAGUGAUGUUUCAGAAAAACUCAAGGUGCCCAACUUGCAACUUGGAGAAACCAGCUAGGUCCAAACACUGCAGCAUUUGUGACAGAUGUGUGCAUCGUUUUGAUCACCACUGUGUGUGGGUGAACAAUUGCAUCGGAGCCUUCAAUGCAAAAUACUUCCUGCUCUACCUCUUCACGCUGACUGCCAUGGCUGCAGAUAUUGCAAUUAUAACAACGGCAUUUCUAGUCCAUUUGGUGUUCUUAUCAAACAUGACUCUGGGAAGUUACAUUGAUGAUGAGGGACAGGAGAAGGCAGUUGAUGUUGUUUUUCUAAUUCAGCACCUGUUCCUGACUUUCCCAAGGAUUGUCUUCAUGCUUGGUUUUGUAAUUGUACUUUGCCUCUUGCUUGGGGGAUAUUUCUGUUUCUCCUUAUACUUGGCAGUCACCAACCAAACCACCAAUGAGUGGUAUAAAUCAAGCAGAACCAAGGGUCAUCCGUGCCAGACUUCAGAACCCCGGCUGGAGAAGCCCCAUGUGUCUAGGAAUAUUUAUUCCAAGGACUUCUGGAGCAAUUUACAAGAAAUCUUUAAACCCACUGUGGAAUAUGAAGUGAAGAAGAAAUUUUGAGACGGUGGCUUCAUGAAUUGUACAUUUAAAAUAUAAGUAUUUUUUUUAACAAUUUUUCUAGAGGUAAUUCCAUUUGGUAUGUUUUCCCUAACCUUUCCUUCCUUCUUGGGUUUUCAACAAAUAUUUGUCAUUGGCUAUAGAAGAAGUCCAUUUUGCUGAUUUUUCAUUUUGUGGUAUUUUUUAAAUUGGCUGGAUCUUGAAAUGGCCAUUGACCACCUCACUAGCUAAAAUCCCUUGGAAGACAAGAACUUGUAAACCUCUAUCAGAAAUAGAUUCCUUUUUGGAGAA